ACACCAGGCAAUCUAAGAUAACAAACGAUAAGAUAUACAGGCCUGGCAUAAAUCUAGAACAUAACACAUAUAUAUGUGAUCACUCAACAUGUUUGGAAUUUCUUUAAUGUUACUGUUGCCAUAUAUGGCGGUGACGGACUCUGCAUAUUGUAACGGAUCAUCCUAUGGAACAGAAUUUAUUUUCGGCCUUUUGGAUUUACCGUUUUACGUACAGAACAAUCAGACAGCACUGAAUCCACACAUGAGUGUAAUGGUUACCCCUGAGAAAUAUUCAACGUAUUAUUACGUCACUCUUCAAAGUACAAACUCCGCUAGCAAAACGCCCACUAUCGUAAGAACGCAGUACUAUGCAUACAGACAAGGUGAGGAAUUGAAGUUUAAUUCCACCUUUAUCAACAGGUACCAAGAUAUUUCAACAGGUGGUGUGAUCAACAUUACUUCAGAUGAGCCAGUUUCGCUAAUGGUCAUUUAUAAAUUCACUGACGGCGAUAAAACAGAUAUGAUAACGUAUCCUGUCUUACCGACGAGCGUCUUGUCAACUGAUUACGUCAUACCGUCAUAUCCAGCGUCUUCCGAUUACCACGGGAAAAAUCAGUUUAUGGUAGUCGGUCUUCACGAUUCAACGAGCAUUAGAUUUGAAGGAUAUGAGACAGGCUCGAUGGUAUAUGAUGUGGAUGACAACGAUAUUUUCAUGUAUGAGCGGAGAGUUGAUAUUAGUAGUACUUCCGCUGUGAGCAAUCAUCCGGUAGCCAUUUUUUCGUGGAUCACUGCCGGGGAUUAUUCGGGCGCUCCGAACAAAGACUAUGUCGGGCGAUCCUUAGCGAUGCAAGUACCACCAUUGGAUGAGAGUGCCGUCCAUUUUGUCAUUCCGCCGUUGACUGGUGAUUCGAUUCAUCGGUACAAUGUACGUAUAUAUGCGUCCGCUCGGAAUGCUCAAGUGGAGAUCCACUCGACUUCACAAAGUACGCAGUACGUGCAUGUGUACAAUAAAAUUUACUACGAAUAUACGGCUAUAUUCAGUUCCGACAUAUUGGAGAUAUUGUCUGACAAUCCGAUAGUUGUUGUUCAGAUUGCCUUAAAUACAUACAGCAUGCCACUGUUUAUGACGUCAGUACCAGCAGUUUCACAAUUUAUGACGUCAUACAAGGUGAACUUUCCUUACAUAUCCUCGUAUAGUUCCCAGCGGUCAGUUGUUGUGACAAUCCCAUACAAGGAAGCAUCAGGAGUAUUAAUUAACGGGGAUCCAAUCAUUCAUGACACUAGCUCGCUUAAAAAAUCUCCGCUCGGUCACUAUGCCAUUAUCAUACAUAAAACAAGCCGUUCUACUUUGACUGUGGACCAUGCAGGAGUUGAACAAUUCGGCCUCAUUGCUCUCCGGCAGUGGCAAGCGUCUCGUGGCGCGGUUGAGGCACAUGGUUUCGUUCCUGGAAUACAGUUUGAGGAAUUAAACUGUGGCUCAGUGCAUACAAGUCAAAUUGUAGGCUAAAAGGGACAGAAGCAAAACUAUUACAUACUUAAACAUUUUAAACGGGAGGAAAUCUGAUUCUUUUUUAAAUUUGUAAACAAUUCCUUAUGAAAAUAUAAAUAAAUAAUGAAUUCAA